CGCCGGAGGUGAUUCUGAUGGGUGCAUUGGUUUACCUCUCGGGCAGAUCCUUCAUAUUCGCCCUGCCUCUCCUCAUGCUCCGGUACGGCAGGGUCAAGACUGAGGUCAAGGUUGGCGGCUACGCGACUUUUGCCACCGGCCCUGGUCACCAUCGGCUUCGGCAUCAUGAGGACUGUCUUGACCUCGAAGCAGUCGGGCAUCUCGUGCCAGGGAUGCCAGGUUCAUGAUCCAAACCCUCGAUAUGCACAUGAGUCUUAUCGUAGCCUGCAUGAGGUUGCUACAUCC